AUAUUGGCAGAAGUAACCGCCAAGCUCCUGGGCCGCUUCUAAUGUUUUUUAAGUUUAACCACCUUUUCUACAGCCACUGUAAGGCUGCAUCUUCCAUUCUUUUCAUGAAUGAGGACGAUGUUGAACUACAUUUUGAACGUAAAUAAACCAAUUUAAAGGGCUUCUUAGUACUUCUUUGUAUGGCAGCAUCCUCAACUAAAACAUGGCUUUGGCAUUCAGGCCUUUUACCAGAAGAUUGCGUGCACUCUCCACCUCUGCUUGUACUGAGUAUAGAGACCUCUCGGUUACACAUUCAGCAUCACACGACUCAUCUCAACAAACCCAACACCCCAGUUUCAUAAACAUGUUUGAAACCAACUCCGAGCUAAAGAUUUUAGUCAAAACGGACCGGUUGCAUGAAGCCCGCCAACUGUUCGAUGAAAUGCGUAACAGAGACGAGAUUUCAUGGACGACUAUCAUAUCUGGAUAUGUCAAGGCUAUGCAAACCACCGAAGCAUUGUUAUUGUUUUCGAGAAUGUGGGUUGAGCCUGAACUUCACAUGGACCCUUUUAUACUUAGUCUUGCACUCAAAACUUGUGGACUCAGUUUGAAUGAGAGUUAUGGUGAAGCAUUGCAUGGUUACUCGGUAAAAGCUGAUUUUGUUGACUCGGUUUUUGUAGGUAGUGCCCUUGUGGAUAUGUAUAUGAAAUUUGGUGAGAUUGAGCAAGCAUGCCGAGUGUUUCAUGCGAUGCCAAUACGAAAUGUAGUUUCGUGGACUGCUAUUAUUACAGGGUUUAUACAUGCUGGUUAUAGCAAGGAAGGGUUGAUUUACUUCUCUGAAAUGUGGAGAUUAAAGAUCGUGUGUGAUUCGUUUACAUUUGCUAUUGCAUUAAAGGCAUGUGCUGACUUGGGUGCUUUGAAGCAGGGGAAACAGAUUCACUGUCAAACACUGAAGAGUAGCCUUGAAGCGAGUUCGUUUGUGGCCAACACUCUGGCUACAAUGUAUAACAAAUGUGGGAAGUUGGACUAUGGUUCGCGUUUAUUUGAGAAGAUGGCCGUAAGAGACGUGGUUUCAUGGACGAUGGUUUUAACUACUUAUGCUCAGUCAGGUCAAGAGGAAAGUGCUCUUAGAGCGUUUAUAAGAAUGCGAGAAUUAGGUGUGAGUCCUAACGAUUUCACUUUUGCUGCCGUCAUUUCCAGCUGUGCCAAUCUUAUUAGAAUUGAAUGGGGCGAGCAAUUACACGCUCAUAUGUUUCGUCUAGGUUUGGUGAGAUAUCUGUCGGUGGCUAACUCGAUCAUGACUUUGUAUUCAAAAUGUGGACAGCCAAGGUCAGCUUCCAUGGUGUUUCAGGAAUUGGCUAGAAGAGAUGUCAUUUCAUGGAGCACUAUAAUUGCCGGAUAUUCUCAAGGAGGAUACGGGGAAGAAGCAUUUGAGUAUCUAUCAUGGAUGAGAACGGAAGGACCGAAACCAAAUGAAUUUACUCUUGCUUCUGUAUUGAGUGUUUGUGGAACCAUGGCAAUUCUCGAGCAAGGUAAGCAACUUCAUGCCCUUGCCUUGGAAGUAGGAUUACAACAAACUGCCAUGGUUCAAAGUGCAUUAAUCAAUAUGUAUUCCAAAUGCGGGAGCAUAAAGGAAGCCUCAAAAAUCUUCAACGAGGCAAAAAAUAACGAUAUUGUGUCAUGGACAGCUAUGAUUAAUGGAUACGCUGAACAUGGAUAUAGUCAAGAAGCCAUUAAUUUAUUUGAGAAGAUUCAACAAACAAAUUUGAAACCAGAUCCCGUGACAUUGAUCGGGGUUCUUACUGCUUGCAGUCAUGCUGGUCUAGUUGACCUCGGUUACCAUUACUUUAAUUCAAUGAGUAAGAAAUAUAAAAUCAACCCAUCAAAGGAGCAUUACGGGUGCAUGAUCGAUCUCCUUUGCCGAGCUGGUCGACUAAACGACGCAGAGAGCAUGAUCAAAAGUAUGCCAUUUCAACAGGAUGAUGUAGUUUGGUCCACUCUGCUUGGAGCAUGCAGUGUUCAUGGGGAUGUUGAAUGUGGAAAACGGACUGCAGAGAAGAUUCUUGAAUUAGAUCCGAAUUGUGCAGCGACUCAUAUUACCGUAGCGAAAAUGUACGGUGGCAAAGGAUGGCAGAAGGAGGCUGCAAAUGCAAGGAAGAUGAUGAGAACAAAAGGAAUAAGGAAGGAGGCAGGGAGGUCUUGGAUUACAAUUAAGGAUAGAGUUUGUGCAUUUGUGUCUGCUGAUAAGACUCAUACACUCACUGAAUACAUAUAUAGCAUGCUUCAUUUAGUUGCUUCCCAGCCUCCAACUGAAGAGACUGAUGAUUUGGCUGGCUUUUCUUUAUAAUCAGAAUGCAAGAAAAACAUAUUAUAUCUCGCUUCAUUCUCGGGAAAUUUUCGCUUACAGCAUCCCUGAUGUUUUUGUUCUUUCUCACUAAAGUCAUCCAUGAAGUUGUUUCAAUAUAUAACCAUAAAAUUCCCAAAUUUUAAAUGAAAUAACGCAAAAUUCUUUUUUCGUC